GCGAUCGUACUCUCCGUUCGUCCAUCAAUUACACCCCCAGGAUUUCCGCGACAAGAGGGCAGCGGCUGCUGUCUUUGACAGUGCGAGGGAAGCCGAAUGCAUCAAUGGGGCUCGAAAUUCUCGGGUGAGGACGUCCUCCUUUUCUUCCGAACGCAUCGAGGAGGAGCGUAUCGUCCCUCUGUGUUCUGUUUUUUGCAACAGCAAUCGUUUCUACAGGAAGGCAGACGACGGCCAUUUCGUCGAGGUCCGGAUGCAGAUGGACGAACACAUGGAUGCUUCGUGCGGGCACAUUGUUGCUUGUUUCUUGGAUGUGCAGGUGUCGCUGGAAGAUCUGAAGGCGUGUGAGUUCCUUUGCCUCCUCUUCACUGCAGCGUGGUCACCCCCAUGCAGGAUAUUCACGCCCAAAUUCGGGCAGGCAGUCGAUGUGCUGCGCAACGAAAGUAGCACAGGAAGGCGUAUCGAUGGAUGGAAGAGCCGGGACUCCUCUUGUCACGCAUCUUUGUGUGCAGGUCACAUAUUCAAGGUGUGUUUCAUUUCCAGGUUAGCGAGCGAGGGCACCCGAGGCACUUCUCUGUCUGUCUGGCGGCUCUACAUCCCAGCGACCGCAACGAGGACGAAUGGGCUGCAUACUUCAGGACCAUGCCCGCCGAGGGAUGGGUGAGGACCCUCAGCAGACACAAUGAUCGCAUCUGCUUUGUGUGCUUGGUCUGUGUGUCCUUACCAUCAGUUCGCCAUCCCCUAUUCCGAGAGAAGCGUCUCCCUCUCCCUGAAACAGCACUUCGGCGUCUCAAGUGCGCUGAUGCUACACAUGCCUUUGCAUCGGCAUACCCUUCGUGUCUUCGCUUCUCAGAGAUUCCUAGGCUCGUAGUUUUGGAUCCUGCAACAGGCCAGCCUGUGGUGUCUCAAGCCAAAUCGAUUGACUACUUCUCACUUGACGUCUCCAGAAAACGAGUAGGCGACAGCCAUUCAGCCUACGAGCCAGCUGGCUGCAUGUGUGGUAUCUUUGUAUGUAGGUCCUGCGCACUUACGGAAGCCUUCUGGCAUUGAAGAGGGCCAAGGCGGCCGAGGCCGCACUGGAAGAUACCAUGAAGGGGCAGCACGGCAGUGGAUAUGAAUAAUGGACCGAUGGGGUAUGCGUCUAUGUUGUUCUCAAUUGGAGGUAUCUCUCUUGAAGUGUCCUUCUUCUACGUAGCGGCUGGUGACUGAUGGUCAACCGAACGUUGUAGAGCACUUCAAUAGCCUGAUCCCCUCGCCUCUUGCUCGUCUCUUUCGUCCUCUCAUGUAUCCUGAUCCGUUGCUGUCUCUUGUCAUCCACCCUGAGGAUCCAGACAGGAAUCACACAGCACAGACUGCUAGACAGAAUAAGAAUGCAGCCUGUGCUGUGAGGUGGCUGGCUGCAUGCGGAUGCUGUGUGUGCGCUGUAUGUUUAAACACACAGCAUGUCUCAGUAUUGUUUGCAGUGUGCGACGAGCCUUGUUCGUUUGCUUUCAGCUAUGCAUGGGUGUGUUCCCUUUUGCUUGUUUGAUACGAACGCCGCUCUCUUGUUCUGAGGGUGAAACGAAGAUAAUAAAUCUUUUGCUAC